UUGUACGGAUCUACCAGCUCUGGACGGUGCGGCCGAGGCUCCGGAAUUCCCAGCAGCAGAAAGAACAUGGAAUUUGGACUUUCCUGAGCAAUUGAAGUGGAACACGGAGGUUGCCCGGCUCCGGGGGCACCAUGGACGGCAAGCCUCCGGGCAGGACCAGCAAGUCUCUGAGGCCGGGAGGCCCGCCCGACACCAGGCUCCUUUCAAACCCGUGGAUGGGGGAUAUUGUGUCCGAUUGGUCUCCGGUGCAUGAAGCUGCCGUCCAUGGGCGUCUGCUUUCCUUAAGGAACCUCAUUGGCCAGGGAUGGCCUGUGAACCUCAUCACAGCAGAUCGUGUGUCUCCCCUUCAUGAAGCCUGUCUGGGAGGCCAUCCCUCUUGUGCAAACAUUUUAUUGAAGCAUGGGGCUCAGGUGGAUGGUGUUACCACCGACUGGCACACCCCUUUGUUCAAUGCGUGCAUCAGCGGCAGCCAGGACUGUGUGAAUUUGCUUCUGCAGCAUGGGGCCAGCCCCCACGCCGUGAGUGACCUGGCAUCGCCCAUCCACGAAGCUGCUAAGAGAGGCCACGUGGGGUGCCUGGAGACCCUGGCCGCGCACGGGGGCGAUGUGGACUACAACAUCAGCCACCUGGGCACACCGCUGUACCUGGCUUGUGAAAACCAGCAGGUAGCCUGCGCCAAGAAGCUGCUGGAAUCAGGUGCAAGCGUGAACCAGGGCCGGGGUCUGGAUUCCCCUCUUCACGUGGUGGCCAGGGCAUCCAGCAGGGAGCUGGCACUCCUGCUCAUGGACUUUGGAGCAGACACCCAGGCCAAGAAUGCCGAAGGCAAACGUCCCUUGGAGUUGGUGCCUCCCGAGAGCCCUUUGACCCAGCUUUUCUUGCAGAGAGAAGGGCCACCUUCUCUGCUGCAGCUCUGUCGCCUUAGAAUCCGCAAGUGCUUUGGGACCCAGCAGCAUCAUAAGAUCAACGGACUGGUCCUCCCAGAGGAGCUGAAACGGUUUCUCCUGCACAUGUAAAUGUGCCAAGGGGAUGGAGGCACACACGACCCACAAAUAUUGUGGAGUGUCGUGGCCAUUGGCAUUUUAAAAUAAACUCACGUUUAUAAAGCUUG